AUGAGCAGCCCACGCAGAAGAAUCGAGACUGAUGUCAUGAAGUUGAUGAGUGACUAUGAGGUUACUCUGGUGAACGACAACAAGUUCUAUGUUAGAUUUAAGGGACCUACCGAGACUCCAUUCGAAGGCGGCGUCUGGAAGGUCCAUGUCGAGCUUCCUGACCAGUACCCCUAUAAGUCACCGAGUAUCGGCUUUGUGAAUCGCAUCUUCCAUCCCAACAUCGACGAGCUGUCGGGCUCCGUCUGCCUGGAUGUCAUCAACCAGACUUGGUCGCCCAUGUUCGACAUGAUCAACAUCUUCGAGGUCUUCUUGCCUCAGCUUCUUCGAUACCCGAACCCGACGGACCCCUUGAACGGCGAGGCGGCUGCUCUGAUGAUAAGAGAACCCAAGAGCUACGACGCUAAGGUUAAGGAGUACGUCCAAAAGUACGCAAGCAAAGAUGCUGCCGACGAAGCCGGCGCCGAGAGCGAAGACGAUGACGACAUGUCAUCCGUUGGUAGCUUCGGCGACGAUGACGAGGAACCCGCCGGCCGCCUUGACGAUGUAUGA